UUUUCCACUUGCAUCACACUUAAGAUAAAUUAGUCGCGUUGUUAAUCUCAGAAUGGUCAAAAUGCUACGACAAUUGUUUUUAUCAGUUUUAUCGAACUUGUUUAAUAAGUUCUACGCGUAUGCCUAGUUUAUUGAUUUGUGAUAUAGUGAUUCACCGUAUGUUUCCAUACGCUUGCUGUUCUACAAAUAAAUCUUCAAACGAUUUUUUAGCAACGUGUUUAUUAUUCGCUCAACUCCGGCUGGAGAUUUGCUGGGUCAAUUUAAUACAGAGAAGCGUCGUCGUUACCUUAGCAACUGCAAUUGUCGAUCUUAUUACCAUGGGAACCGCUCCAGACCUCAAUCACUUCCGAUGAACUCACUUGAGAUUAGAAACAUGCAUCCCAAAGACUGAAAGCAGCACACCUCAUUCCUCAUUCCCAUCUGUAUUCCAAAAGUAGCCUGAACUGAACUGAACAGAAUUCUUUGUGGAAACCUGCUCUUUGCUCAAUCGAAGCAUAACUUCUCCUACUCCCUUUCGGACUUCAUCUUCUUUAAAACUUUUGAUUAGUGUACCUGGGUCAUCUACGGCCAAAAUGAAAUGUAUGACUGACCCUGACAACAGUGUGGUGUGGCAACUACUGCCAGGCAAGGACCACAAACUGGACAUUGAAAAUGAUUCGCCGACGCCGACCGAGAAUGGCGUCUUGAGUUCCAAUGGAACUCUCUCGAAAUGUUCCACCGUCCCGCGCAACAUGUGCCUUAAUGGUUAUUCCAAGGAGAGGGAACACCUGUCGCCCAGAUUCCGCCAUCCCCGCAUCCUGCACGGGAGGCAAAGGAAGAGGGUGAUUCUGAAGAAUGGUGCAGUGAACAUUUCUCGCGAGAAUGUCUCCAAGCGCAGCCAGCGCUACCUGCAGGACAUCUUCACCACAAUGGUGGAUAUUCAGUGGAGGUGGAAUCUUUUGGUGUUCGCGAUGGGGUUCUUCGGCAGUUGGAUCUUCUUCGCGGUGCUGUGGUGGCUGAUAGCCCUCGCACACGGGGAUCUGGACCACGAAGGCGAUGAGAACUGGAAUCCUUGUGUCCAGAAUGUCCAUAGUUUCAUCACUGCCUUCUUGUUUUCAGUGGAGAGCCAGCACACUAUUGGCUAUGGCUACCGCUACACCACCGAAGAGUGUCCGGAGGGCGUGUUCAUGAUGUGCGUCCAAUCGGUGACUGGUGUAAUGAUCCAGUGCCUCGUGGCAGGCAUGGUGUUCGCCAAGAUCGCCAGACCCAAGAAACGCAGCCAAACUCUCAUGUUCAGUCGCUACGCCGUGGUGUGCAUGCGGGACGGCAAGCUGUGCAUCAUGUGGAGAGUGGGAGACAUGCGCAAAUCCCACAUCAUCGGUGCCAUGAUCAGCGCACAAGUGAUCCGGAGGAAAGUGACUCUGGAAGGAGAAGUCAUACCUUACUAUCAUACGCAGAUUGAUGUUAAAUUCGACGAUGCUGGUGACCGAGUCUUUCUCAUCUGGCCCGCAACAAUUGUCCACGAAAUCAACGAAAACAGUCCUUUCUACAGUAUGUCAGCUCAGGAUAUAUUAACCGACUCUUACGAACUUGUGGUGGCCUUGGAAGGGACCAUCGAAUCCACGGGGCAAGCCAUCCAGACUCGCACUUCCUUUGUACCCAGCGAGAUUUUGUGGGGCCAUCGCUUCGAACAGAUGGUCACCUACCAGAAAAACACUGGGGAAUUCCUGGUGGAUUACAGGAAAUUCAAUAGUACAUACGAGGUGGAGACUCCUCUGUGCAGUGCCAGAGACUACUACGAAUACCGACGCCUGAUGUCCGUUUCAUCCAGGGCGGUCAGUUACUGCGGUGCGGCCACUGAGGUCACCAGUCUCGGGUCCUUCAGGAGGAGCGAGUCUGCAGAAGCGCAGUCCACUUCGUCUCAAGCUCAGGGCGAUUCUAAUCGAUUAUCAGGGAGCUGUGAUGAAUGCUGAUAAUUCAUGCAAAGAGGUGGAUGUAUUCAGAAUUCAGAGGAACAGAUUGCUUUUGAUACUCUUCAAAGAGACUUUGAACCUAGCUUUUCACUCUGUGAUAUUUAAGUGAGGAGUCUUUGAAAGUUUUCUCUUUUGCUUCCAAGGGACCAUUUUUUGACCAAAGAUGUUACCAGAAGUUCACUAGGAUACUGUAAAUUGUUGUCGCCUUUUCCUCAAAUAAUUCAAGUAAAGAAACCAUCAAUUUACAAGCUGCGAUAUUUUUUCAUCCUAUUCUGCAUUUAUUAAACUGAAUGUGGAACUAUUAGAAAAUUGUUGGAAAAGAAUUCGAAUACUGAAAAGUUUUGAAUUUUCCCCCUCUCUAUUAAAAUAGGCAAGCAUCUCGAUAAUCGGAUACGUCACCCGAAUACUAAAAUGAACUUUCCGAUUAUCAUUGUGAGCUUUUCUUUUUUAUAAUGUUUCAUUUUGUGCGUUACGUUUGUUAUGUACAUUUUAAUUUAAUGUGCCAUAAAAUAAGGAUUGCAUGUGUAGUUUUGUUUUUUUUUAAUCAAAGGUAGGAAUGCGAAAAUUUUUCAUGUACAAAUUAUUGAACAUUUAAAACAUUCCAAACCACUGACAUUCAGCUUUUUUUGGCAAUUUUUCGUUAGCACCGCAGCAGCCGAAAUAAAGUGCCAAUAUUGUAACCUUAAAUCAGGAAAUAUUCCAUUUCUAGCCAAUUUCAUAGAGUAAAGUUGCAGUACUUGGCACAUUUGGCGAUUUCCCAGUUAAUUGAGAAGUGAGUGAUUUCACGUCAAUAUUUACGAACUGCUUUGAAGCUAACUAAAUAUUGUAUUUUUUAAAGAUGAUGUUUCAUGCUUUUAGAAAAAUGAAAUUGUAUGAAUUCUUUGUUCAAUGUGAUUUCAUUUGUGAAAUGAUAAAAAAAAAGGGUUUUUUUAUCUAAUUAAUUUUGUAUCUACUUUUAGUUUAGCAAGUGAAUUUUAGAUAAGUGAAUUAACUCUUUAAUAAAGUAUUCUGGGAUAAUUUGCAUUCCCGGCUUCAUCAAGUUUUUAUAAUGAAAGUAUUAUUUUGUUCCACGAUUGAAUAAGUGCAUUGACAAUCAUGGGAAAUUGUUCCGAGCAAAUACGAGAAUAUAAAAAAGAAGGAAUUCAUAAAUCUGCCUCAUAAAUAUUUAUUUCAGUGGUGGUAUGGACUAUUAAAGUGAUCAUUAGGUGAUAAUGAAGCAUACUAUCUUUUUUUUUUUAACCUGUGAUAAUACAAUGUGUUACUAGGUGGCUGUAAAGAAAGAUUAUAAAAAAUGAACUUGAGCUGGAAAAAUGCCACCCAAUUACUAUUCGUUGAAAGCAAAGUUAGAAUUUUCAUAUUUCACUAUGAACUGAUAGAUACAAUUCUAUGCAUACAUUUUAUACAGGACUAUAAUACUCACAUACAAGAAAUUCUAUUGCAGGCCAAGUUAUUGUUGUUUUUUUUAGGAAUAUAAAACAAAUUGCUUUAUUCUGUUUGCAUGUUUUUUCUUUCUGUAAAUAUUUGCUAUACAGAUCUAUACACCUUGUUAUCUAGUUGAUCUUUUAUACACUUGUUUAGAAAAUUUGUAAAAAAAUAAAGCAUAUAUUUUAUUAUGUCAGAAACGAUUUGCUAGUAUUUCAUUAAUAAAUAAUUAACAGGAUACUCUAUUCUGUUGAAAUGCUUUAUUUUUUAAGUAUGUAACAAUGUUUGUACGCGUAUUCGCGAAAUAAAGUAAAAAAA